AUGAUAUUUAAUUGUCAAGUUAUUCGCAAACACUUACUCGUUGACAAAGUUUAUUAAUUGCAAAUCUAUGAUGAUCGAAUAACUAUUGGAUUAAACGUAUGCUUCUAAUUAACCUUAAGAAUAGGUAACUACCAAAAUAUGAAAUUCCUUUGAAUCUAACUAAUCGCAUAAGUUGGAGAUUAAAUGAAAAAUAAUAAUUUAUGGAAUUUGGCAUCAAAUACAAUGAUUAUGUAAAAUGGUUUUCUGGUAAACCUGAUAAUUUAUAGAGAAUCAAACAAUUACUCACUAAUAAAAUAUUUAACCAUAGUAUUUCCACAUUCUAUUAAUAAUCAGAGUUAAUUGGUUCUGGUGCAUCUAGUAAAGUGAUUACAAUUAUAGAUUCUAAUAAAGUUAAAUAUGCUGCUAAAUGUAUUAGCAAAGAUUAUAUUACAAAAAAGAAAACACCAGAUCGUUUAAAUCGACUUUUAAGCGAAAUUACCAUUCUUCGAUCUUUGUUAAAUCAUUAAAAUGUGAUUUAAUUACUAGAUAUUUUUGAAGGCGACUCUACUUAUUAUUUAAUUUUUGAAUAUUUAUAAGGCGACACACUUCAUAAAUUCAUCAAAUAAUAAAUUAAACCACUCUCUGAAGAUGUGAUAAGAAUCAUUUUGGCUGUAAAUUCAUAUUAUAUAUAAAUAUAUAGCAAUUAUUGUAAGGAAUUCAAUACAUUCAUUCUAACAAUUAUAUUCAUAGAGAUAUUAAAUUAGAAAAUAUUGUAUUAUCUAAUAAGUAAAGUAUUCAGAAUUUAAAAAUUAUUGAUUUUGGACUUGCAAUUUCAUCAACCAUUUUUACUCCUUUUGCUAUAUGUGGAACACCAGGAUAUAUUGCACCUGAAAUACUUUAAUAAAAAGAGCCUAAUUAAGGUUAAUUUAGAUUUACAAAUAAAGUCGAUAUGUUUGGUAUUGGUGUUAUGCUUUUUAGAAUGUAUUAAUCAUUAUUCAAAUAUUUUUAGGAUGACUAAAAAAUCUCUUUUUGAUUCAGAAAAUACUAAAGAAUUACUAUCUCUUAAUAGAAAAUGUUAAUUACCGAAAUCAUAAAUUCAUGGCUAUUCUAAUGAAUUAAAUAAUCUUCUUUUUGGAUUACUAGAAUCUAAUCCAAUCAAAAGACUUUCCUCAAAAGAUGCUUUAAAUAUUAUUAAUAUUACUUAAAUGUCUUAAGAAUUAUAAAUUUCUUAAUUUACAACAUUCUAAUAUGAUCAAGAUGAUUUUGAAGUUGAACACUCUAAUGAUUUUGCCAAUACACCUUAUUAAUUCCCCAACAAAUUUCUAAAAUAUGAAUUAGAAAAUAGUUUUCAUUGUAAUGAAGAUCAUAAACAUUCAAGUCUUCAUAAAUCAUUUUAACUCUCAUUCAGUCUAAGAUUCAGUUAGGAUAUUCCAAAAUAAGAUUUUAUUAUUGAAAACUUUCAAAAUAUUCCUUCAUGA